GAAGAAGCCAAACAGACCGACUCUGGUCUCGUCUUUUGUCCCAUGACGGAAGGGGAAGGCAAGACGCCAACCGCAACGUCCACCGUGGAAGUGCACUACCACGGGACGCUCGCGGAUGGUACCGUCUUUGACUCGUCCGUGGAUCGCGGACAAACUAUUUCCUUCCCGCUCAAUGGUGUCAUCAAGGGAUGGACCGAAGGCUUGCAGCUCAUGAAGGAAGGUGGUAAGGCCACCUUGAUUUGUCCCAGUGAACUGGCGUACGGUGAAGCCGGAUCGGGGGAUGUCAUCCCACCCGGAGCCACGCUCAAAUUUGAAGUCGAGCUCUUCAAGGUCGAAUAG